AUGUCGUUUCUCGUCAUUGCGGUGCCUACCUUGAACUACAGCUUUGAUAAUAAUGGGUACACAACUACACAGGCCAUGAACCCUUUCAUCCGUCUGUUUGGCAAGCUGGACCCUGUGACUGGAAAACAUGAAAUUUCUACCUCCUGGGCGAGUAUGUUCAAUAGCUUGAACUUUAUCGGCUAUGCCUUAGAUCAUGUCAUGGCCGCCCGAGUACUCAACUAUAAGUCUCCCUUAGCAGGUAUUCCAGUUCGAUUCUGCCUCGUGAGCGCAGACAUCUAUAUCGGAAUGGAGCUUGCAGUUAUCCCCGUCUUCCAGGCCGAGAUCAUACCCACUCCCAUCAGAGGCUUUGCAGUGGGGUCCUAUCAGUUCAGCUUGAUGCUCUCUGCAAAGCUCCGCUGUGGUACAAAGUCCGAGGCACAGAUCGACGACGAGUUCGCGGGUCUUCAGUAUGCCCUUGAUCAGGAGCCCGAACAGGGUCACGUCGGCAGCGUUAAUCCGUUCAACAUGACCAUCAUAAAUGCCUCGGUCAACUUGUUCAUGUGUGGACUCUCGCUCUUCCUUAAUGACCGAGUUGGGAGACGGCCACUCUUGAUGACGGGUGCUGUCUGGCAAGCCGCGGCCAUCAUGACCAUGGGUGGCCUCGGAACCAUCAAAAACCCAACCGUCAUCGUCAAAAAGGCAACUGUUGCCAUCAUUCCACUCUUUACUGGUGGCUACUAUUUGGGAUGGGCACCUUUGGUGUACGUUGUCACCACUGACCGCCUCCGUGAUGCAUCUCAACGAACAGCUUCAGUGGUCAAUGUUGUAACUACGGGAGUGCCUCUUCGCGAGUUUGGAUCCUACCAAACCAUGGACGUCAACAUGGAAAUUGGUAUUGGCAAGAGUUCAAGCUCGCAAAUUCAGGCUUAA